AUGAUCGAAGGACCACGGAUUCGGUUUAUAUCCAAAAAUAAAGCUCGAAACGUCGACUUUAAUUUUGACUUUAUCAAAUCCUACAAGUUUCAGGAUGGAUUAAAACCGGUUGGCUCUGGGUUUAUCUUUGGCUGCAGUUGCAAUGGGUGUACAGAUGAAUGUGAAUCUUGCCUCCCUUGUGAUAGAGACACUGGCCAUCCUAUCAUGCCAUACCAGGAAGCUACUGAUCGCCUCGGCCGACCAGGCCGUAUGGUCUUACGGCCAGACUUUAUAGAAAGGAAAGGGGUAAAGAUCAGAGAAUGUAGCCCUCGUUGCGACUGUUAUCCGACCUGUGGGAGUCAUGUCGUAUAUGCUGGUCGUCAAAUCGAGCUAGAGGUCUUCGAGACGCCAAACCGCGGCUUCGGUAUUCGGUGCACCAAACCUAUCCUGAAAGGGCAGUUUAUUGACACCUAUGUGGGCGAGCUGAUCAAGGAGUCCACAUCCGACAAGAGAGAAGACGCAUUUGACGCCGACAAGCAUGCUAGCUACCUCUUCUCCCUCGACCUCUAUAAAGAUGAUGGCCAUGGUCCAAAGAACGAGAAGUUUUAUGUCGUUGAUGGCCGCAAGUUUGGCUCAAUCACCAGAUUCAUGAAUCACUCUUGCAAUCCCAACUGUAAGAUGUUCCCAGCCGCGCAAAGUGAUAGUCGGCAGAUCUAUGAGAUCGCCUUCUUCGCCAUUCGAGAUAUACCAGCUGGCACGGAAUUGACGUUUGAUUAUCUGGGCGGAAAGAAACGGGAGUUAGGAUUGAGAAAGGCUGAUCCAAGUGCGACUAAGUGUCUUUGUGGCGAGAGGAAAUGCCGUGGUCUGCUCUGGACAACUAAUCGGAAGACAAAGGUAAAGGAUGCCGAGUCUUCUUCUGAUGAGUCUGAUGAGGAGUAG